AACAAAAUCGCGAAUCUCUGAUACUAUUACAUCGUUCGACGAAUUUUCGAAACAGAUCUUCCGAUAUGAUCGACGUCCAUCGCGUCGUGAAAUUGCAAUUCGUUCAGUGUCUCACCGAUCAUAUUCGGAGAAGGAAUCCUCUCAAGAGGGACGCCGUGUUGUUAACGAUAUGACGAUCCGUCGCGCUGUAUCACAGCACAGUCUGACGAGGAGCCUUCGAACAAGGGAGGCGAUUAUGCGUUACGAGCUGAUAUAAUAUUUACGUUCGAUCGCUAAACCGAAGCUUCAAACAUGCACGGACUGAGAGCCGAGCAUAAUAUUGUCGGCCUCGGUACGAGCCGAUGGUUGGAGGCGCUUUGGGAACCAGGAGCCCGAUUGUACACCUUACCGAACAACCUCGAUAUGCUCGAUGUGACCGGCGAUGGAGACGCCAGGCUCAUCUGUGCCGAUUUGGGGGCACUCGGUGCCAAUACGACGAAGAUACGAGUCUAUAAAGGAGGGGACCAAAUAACGGAACACAAUAUGGUGGAUCUGCCCUGCGGAUUGGUUGGCUUUUACACGGAAAAUGGGGAACCCCGGUCGUCUGUGUUGGCUGUGGGCGCCGGUUCGAGCGUCUACAUCUUUAAGAAUAUGAGACCCUACUUUAAAUACUGCUUGCCAACGAUCGACGUGCAUCCUAAAGAGCGAGAGAUUUGGCACAAAGCCAGCCUGGAGGAAGAGUUAAACGUGCUCACGCUGGCCGACGAGCUGGAACUGCUGUUGAAAGAGCUUGGAGCGGGAUUUAUAUCCCCUCGUACGUUAAAAUUCCUUUCCAUGGACCCGAAUCUCAGAUCCAGCUUCGCAGAACAGUAUAAAACGGUCCCGCUUGUUAGGAGCAACGCUUUAUCUGCGAUUUCUGUCAUAAGAAGAGACUCGUGGACAGAUCCAGCCAGCGGUUGUUUGGUGCUUGGCACGGAAUUUGGAGAAAUUCUCAUUCUGGAUCCUCGGACGUUCACUGUUAUGGACAAACACUUGCUGGAAUGGCCACCGGUCGCAUUCGCUUGUAUCGGUUUGUGGACAGGUGAUGGCAGAAUAUUAAUCAUUGGCAGAGACGGCAGAAUAGGAGCGAUAAGAAGAGGCAGUCCUGUAAAGCUCUGGGAAAAGUUACCGUCACCAGCAGUAGCCAUUUCGGUUCUCAAUAACGAUGGCGUAGCUGUAACCAUCAUGGAUGGCACUCUGAUUGGCCUCUCCAGAAAGGGCGUAAAACUGUGGCACGUUCGGGUCCCGGGUGCGAUUCUGGAUUUGGCGAGCUUACCAGUGCCACAGAUUGGUCUUUCGUUGCUGGCAGUGAGCACCGCUGGUCAUGGUAUUCGAGUUUACGAUGGCAAACACCACGUGGAUACGCUGAAGAUCAUGGAACCAGUCUCUGCGAUGAAGUACGGCCGUAUGGGCCAAGAGGAACGAACAAUGGCGAUGGUCACCGUCGGUGGCGGCCUCUGCGUGAAGAUUUUGAAACGCACCGCCAACUUCAGCAUCCACAACGCGUUGUCGUGCCCAUCGCCGAACGAUGGCGCCAAGUUUCAAAUACCGAAGAAGACUCGACUGUUCGUGGAGCAAACGAUACGGGAGAGAUCGGAGGCGAAGAAGAUUCACAGCACGUUUCAGCAAGGUCUCCUUCGACUGCGGUUGAUGGUGGCGAAAAAGGCGGUGGAGUCUUUGAACGAGAGCCAGGACGCCGGUCUACAUCCCAUCACUUUGGAAGCCACCGUGUUGGGGCUGGGGCCGAAUUAUCAGAUUCGUAUCUUGUUGACGAACAUAUCGGACGAACUGUCCGACACAGGCUUUUACAUCGUUUGCAGGAACGAGAACACGGAUGUGAGACCACGCGUGAUGGACGUGCCCCUAUUACCGAGCGGGAUUCCCAUUCCAAUGGCGAUGCACGCGACCCUGACGAGCAGAAUAUCGGGAAAAGUUCAGAUUUUGCUGUGCAAAAGAUCGAGGACGAAACCGAUCACCAUGACGACGGUGAUUUUACCAGCCGCCGAGGAAGAAAUCGAGGUUUAAGCUUCGAAGCGAUUCGAAUUGUAGUAAAACGUCUCUUUUUUUUUUUUGGUAGCACUGGUUAACGGUAAAUAUGUGUUCUUCGUCUAACAAUAAGUAGACUUAAAUGUAUAAAUGCAGUAUUUUCAGCUCCGUUGUCUCUGUUUUAUGAUUCUAUAAUCUGCGGUGGAUUAACAAAAAUAUAAUUUUAUUAGUUUUAGUGCCAUGAAAAACUUCACGUAACAAAUUGAAGAGUAUAUAGUCCAAAUUAUGUUUUACCAAUUAUACGACAUGUUAGUAGACACUAGAAAUUGAGAUAUCGAUUCGAAAGAUGCAUUUUAAUCUACAGAAAUUUCCAAUUGUUCCCGCCCUAGUGCAAGAUGAUGUAAAAUAGUUUGUAUACUGAUCGUUUAUGUAAGUCACACUAUUGCUGUAAAACCACAGUCGAUACAUAUUGACGAUAAGAUUAAAUUGAACUUUAGAUAUGUGGAUAAUGGACAUG